GUACACGAACGGCGGGCGACUUCGAGUGAGCCUGACUUUUUUCUGCGGUCCCUUCAUUAUGUCCGCUUUCUGGGUCGUCGACUAACGUUUUCUUCAUUCUUUUCCACAGACAAAUUGUUGUACUCACUAUUGUUUGGUUCCUUUGAUUUCAAUCUGGAGAUCUGUAUAAACCCUAAAUGAAGCGACAAAAAGAUGUACAGUUGGAAUCGAAGCCAAAGAUACAAAAGCGUACUGAUUUUUUAAAUGACCUGGAUGGACUCCUUGUCAGCUCUAAAAAUUUCAAUAAAUUGUUUAUUAAAAUCUAGCUUUUUGUACAGAAAACAAGUCAGGAAUGGAUCAAAACUCAAAUUUAUUGAAGUUUUAACAAACCUCGUUGUAUCUGGAAAUCAUCAUCCACAUGUUGUUCAACAAGUGCUUGUUUGGUUAGAUUAUUGUCUACAACACCAUUCAACUUCUAUGCAAACACCAGAAAUUCAGAAGGUCUUAAAGAAUUUGUGUUCAUAUUACUACGAAAUGUGUGGGAUGGGGAAUAUGUUUUUAAGAGCUGCUAACCGUGGUAGUGCCAUGGAAAAUUGGUCAAAUGUUCAAAAGUUUAUUAGUCACUUCCCUCGUAGAUUUUAUUAUCCGGUUCUACCUAAAACAAAGUUUAUAUACAUUGAUGAUGAAAGCAAUCCUACCGGAAAAUCUAAUGCUCCAUUAAAUUUAUAUAGUUCCGAAAACAAUGAAGAAAAUCUUGAUAUCCUGAAUGAUGAAUAUUUGGAUGUGGAUACAAUGUCAUCUUUGAUGAAAGAUGACUCAGAGUAUGAACAGGAAUCGUUGUAUCAAUCGGUUGAAGAAUCUGAUGCCGGUGUAUUUGAUGUCAAUGAACCUCUGUCACCUGAUGCAGAACAGUUUCUUAAUAGUAUAAAUGAUGACUGGGGAGAUGAAAUAAUUUCUUCUGAAACUGAAAGUGAUUCGGACAAAUUUAUUUAUCCUGAAAUAAAAGAUUCUGAGGACGAUUUGUCUGUAUCAACCGAAAUAUCUUCAACGUCUGUCAAUACAAGUCUGUUUCCGGAUGUUACUGAACAAUUGGGAACCGUUGGGAAUGAUUGUGAUGUUAAUAAUGGUGAGAAAAAUGAGAAAGUUGUUAAACCAAAAGCAAGCAAAUCUAACUACUCAACCUUAAGUCAAUCCCCAAACAAUCGUCAAAAAAACCGUCGAUCAAGUUCAAGAAUAACUACAUGCCAAAAACAUUGAUUUCCUAUUAGACGUAUUGAUGUGAUAUUUGUAUAUAAAUGGACAAAAUACGAUAAAUUUUCUGUUCUGGAUUAUAGAAGGGUUAGUGCAAUCUUGUAUUUACAACUCCUCAUUGGGAAUGUAUGAGACGGGAAGGUCAUUAUCGUAUCUGUACAUGAACUUGGAGAUUCUGUUUUAACGAGUUAACAACAGAAUAUCCAACACAUUUCACUUAGAUAUUUCUUCCUAUUAUAUUUUGAAUUGAGAUCACUUAGAAGGACAAAACAUUUUUCUUCC